AUGCAAAAAGAACGAUUUUCUCUUACAGACAUAGACGAGUGUGUGGGCAAUCCAUGCAAGAAUGGAGCCACGUGCAUCAAUGGGCAGAACAAGUACACGUGCACGUGUGCUGGAGGUUGGCAGGGAACCAAUUGUGACCAAGACAUCAACGAGUGUGCCACCAACCCGUGUAAGAACGGAGCCACGUGCAACAAUCUUGUUAACAUGUACACGUGCACGUGUACAGGAGGAUGGCAGGGAACCAACUGUGACCAAGACAUCGACGAGUGUGCCACCAAUCCAUGCAAGAACGGGGCCUCGUGCAUCAAUGGACAGAACCAGUACACGUGCACGUGUGCUGCAGGUUGGCAGGGAACCAACUGUGACCAUGACAUCAACGAGUGUGCCACCAAUCCUUGUAUGAACGGAGCCACGUGCAUCAAUGGGCAGAACAAGUACACGUGCACGUGUAAAGGGGGAUGGCAAGGAACCAACUGUGACCAAGACAUCAACGAGUGUAUACAGAAUCCCUGCAAGAACGAAGCUACUUGCAGUAACCAUGACAACGGCUACACCUGUGCAUGUACCGCUGGGUGGGUGGGUCAAAAUUGUGACUCGGAUGUUGACUGGUGUGUCGGAAAUCCGUGCCAGAACGGAGCCACUUGCACUUCAUGGCAGACAACAUACCAGUGUCAGUGUGUAGCUGGUUGGACCGGGAGCAACUGCACGAAAGAUAUCAACGAGUGUGCCAACAACCCGUGUAAGAACGGAGCCACGUGCAUCAAUGGGCAGAACAAGUACACGUGCACGUGUGCUGCAGGUUGGCAGGGAACCAACUGUGACCAAGAUAUCGACGAAUGCUCUAAUAGCCCGUGUCAAAACGGCGGCACGUGUAUCAACGGACAGAAUAGUUUCACGUGCACAUGCGGGGAUGGCUUCAAUGGAAACACGUGUCAAAAUGUUGGAACGGGCUGCAGCGCGUCCCCGUGCAAGAACGGAGCUACGUGCACAUCCGCGGGUAGUUCAUUCACGUGCUUAUGUACGUCGGGAUGGGGAGGCACGAACUGCGACCUGGAAAAGGUCAACGGCCAAUGGGGACCAUGGACUAACCCUAGUGAAUGCAGUGUAACCUGUGGGGAAGGAAUAGCCACGAGAGCAAGGACCUGCAACAAGCCCCGUCCGGCGAACGGUGGAGCGCUUUGUGAGGGCAAUCCUUUAUUGAAGGUCAAAUGCGAGAACAGCAAGUGUCCAUCCGCUGGCUUUGGUAGUUCAUACGUGAACAAAUGUCCGAAGAAUUACUUCACUUGCGCAAGUGGAAAAAUCACGUGCAUCGAGGACUCAUUCGUCUGUGAUUGUACAAAUGACUGUGACGAUUCGAGUGACGAGCAGCCGAAAUGGGCCGGAUGUCAGUCCUUCUGCGCAGGAAAGAACGGCGCGCAGGGUCAAAGUGCUACGUCAGUGACGAUGCUGAUGACGUCACUUCUCGUUGUUUGUACGCGGUUGUUCAGCUAAGCGUGCUCUGGGUUUCGUACAACUUUGUGGACUUGAAAUGUGAUCUACAUGCAUUGUAACUUGUUAAAAUCGUAUAUUAGGAAAAAUUGUUUUACCCUAAAUGUAUCUCUUAAUUAAUUGUUGAACACUUUGUGGGCUUGAUUAUUUGUUGGAGACUAUUUACUUAAAUAUGUGUUGUUCUCUGUGUGAGAGUUUGUUGAAUACGUUGUUACCUCACAUUUGUUUUGCAGAAGCUAUGUUUCUAUAUUUGUGUCUGAUAUUAGAAUGGUGACUAUAAAUAUUUGUUGGAUACUUUUAACCAUUAAUAUUUUUUUUAUACUAUCAUGUAUUGGAUGCUUUGAGACUUUUAAUAUUGGUGUGAGCUCUAAUUUUGAAGAUUUUGUGCAGACUUUAUGACAUUUAAUAUAAGUUAAUUAUUUCGUGACAUUGCAUAGUUAAUAACGACUUCUUUAUCUUGAAUAUAUGUUUGACCGUCAAUGAUUUUUAAGUUUUAAUCGGUUACUUUAUGAACAAGAAUAUUUUAAUGCAUAAUGUGAACGUCUCUAUACAAUAUCUUUAUAAAUGGGAUAGAUUGCUAUUUUAUGUUUAUGUUAACUUUAAAUCAAAUAUGUGUACUAUUUUACACCUUCUGCUUCGUUUUUUUGAUUGUGAGCUUUUAAUGUUUAUAAUAUUUGUAAAAUUAAAACAGCGUAUAUAUACUUAACUUGCUUUCUUAUCGGAGAUUUAA